ACUAGAAACCAUUCGAAAAAUUUGAAAAUCGAAAUAUUUUUAAUACGGCGGCUAUUAUCAUUCCUAUCGUUAUCACCACGAACUAUUAUCUGCCGUCUGUUUACCGCCGGCCACCGCCGAAUCACCACCAGUGAUAGACGACGGUCUAUGCACAGAGUAUCUCUUAGUGGAUAGGUACCUAUUACACCUACUUACUAACUUACUGUUUACUACUUUAGUAACAACUGUUAGCUUUGCGCUGUUCGUGUUCCUGUGUCGGUUCUCACUGUUGAACGGCAGUCGUCGGGAAACGCUUCUUUUUUUUUUUUAUUAGCCGGCACAACGAUGAAUUACUUUCCUGUUACUUUCUUGUUGAUGGUAGUGGCUGAGACGCUGCUAGCAGCUGUUAUGUCCGGCGUAAAUCAUCUGACCGACGGACAAGAAAUCGAAGAAAACCUGAUCAUUUCAAGGCGUAGAGCGAUCUCCGAACAUGACCACCGGUCUGAUUCCGCUUACGCCGGCAUCUUGAGUGAUGAGGAAGAUAUAGAAGAAAUGAAACAUUUAGAUCCAUCAGAAAUAAAACCACGUAUGAGCAUUAUACUUGAAAGUAUGGAUAUAAAUAAGAAUGGCUUUAUCGAUAAAAUGGAGCUGUUGGAAAAAUUAUUGGAUUCUUAUCGAAAAUUAUCAGCUGAAGAAUCUGAUGCAGAAUUUUUAACUAGCGAUCUUGAUGAAGACGGUCUUGUUACGUGGAAAGAAUAUGUUGGUGACACUUAUGGUUCAAGUGAACAUUUUGAUGAUGAAAUGACAGAAGAUGAAAAACAAUUAUUUUUGGCUGCUGAUGUUGAUAAAGAUAAUCAUUUAAAUAAAGAAGAAUUCCGUUAUUUUUAUACUCCUGAAGAUUACCCUCACAUGCAACCUUUAGUAUUACUUGGUGUAAUGAAUCGAUUUGACACUGAUAAGGACGGGAAAAUCACAUUUGAAGAAUUUAUAGGGGAUAGAAGAACAGAACAUUCUGAAGAAUGGCUUGAGGAAGAAAAAACUAAAUUCACUGAAGAGCUCGAUGUUAAUAAAGAUGGAGUAUUAGACGAAAACGAAGUGCAUAGUUGGGCUUCACCAAACAACAACCAAAUUGCAGAAAGUGAAGCAGAAAAUUUAAUUUUGAAAGCAGACAAGAACCAAGAUGGCGUACUAAGCUUUGAUGAAGUUCUAGACAAUUAUUAUGCAUUUAUUUCUCCAGAAAGUGAGGGAUAUUAUAUAUUUAGAGAUGAGCUAUAAAAUACCAUCAUUAAAGACUAGUUUGUUAUUUUAUGAAGUUGGAAUUAUAUGAUUUAUGAAAGUGUGUGUAACAAAUUUAUAUGUAAAUUGAUUACUUGAUAACAAUUAAUCAAUAUAAUUAAACUAAAAACAUACUAUUUAGUAAUGUCCAGUAAAAUUAAUGUAACUAUGUAUUAAAAUUAUUUUGGAACUCAUAUUUCAAUCAAAUAUUGUUUUCAUUAUGUUAUUGGUAAUAUAAUUAUUUAAAUUAAUUAUUUUCUGAUAAGUUUUUCAAAAGUAACUUUUAAUAGUUGAGUGUACUGUAUGUUAUAAAUAUUAUAACAUAAUUUCUUUUGAAUUUUAUUAUUUUAUACUUGAAUAUAUUAUGUUUAAUUAAAAUAAUACUGUAAAAAACUAACUAAAAUAAUUAAUUAUAAAAAUAUGUGAAAAAUGAUUAAGAAUAAUAUGAAUGUCUAAAGUAUUUAAUUAAAAUUAUUUUUAAUUAGUUAUAGAGUUCUAAUUGAGAUUUGUAUAAAUUAUAUUCUAUUAUUUAACUAUUGAACCUGACAUUUUAAUUGUAUAAAAGCCAUAAAAUAUUUUCUUCCUUGCCUUUAAUUUUUUUUUAUGUGGUUCACUAUUUAUGUUGUACACUAAUUAGUAAUUUCCUAACCAUAUAAAUCAUAAACAUACAUUUUGAUGCCUUACUAUUUAUAUUGUUCCUUAAAGAAUUAAAAAUGAGCAUUUUAAAAUGACUGAUUUAGUACUCUUUAAUUAUAAUGAUUAUUGGCUUAUGGCAUUUAACCAGUUAGCUUAUGAUUUAUAAUAUUAUAUUUAAUAAUAGUUUGUUUAAUGAAAUGAAUUGUAGUUAUUCAUGAAUUAUAUUUGUAAAAUUAAUGAAUUACUAAAAUUAUUAAAUUCAUAAAUAUAUAAUUUAUAUUUUAUGUUCCUUUUUAUGAAAUUUAAUUUUAUCAUUGCCUAUUCGUAGUAAUCGAGUCAAAAUAGAAAUAAGUAUGUAUUGUUAUUAUUAAUUGUUGUCUCUUAUUCAUUGUGUCAUUAAAUAUACUAUAUUAAUAAUCAAAAUAUUUUUAAAUGUUAGAAUUUAAAACCUUAACCAUGAAGAUUUUUGAUUUUUUAAAAACUUACUACUAAACACUAUUUAACUCAGAAAUUAUUUUUAUUGUGCUUAUAUGUUUUUUUAUUUUAUCAUUUAUCAGUAUUAUUAUUUGUUUUGCAGUAUUGUGUUCCAUUUUGCUUAAGACUAUGUUAUUAUUAAAAUAUACUAAUUAAUAUAUUUCUAAUCUGCCAAAGUACACAAAACAUGUAUAUAAAUAAACAAAAUGAUUGUAUUUUUUUUAUCAUUUAAAUAUAAGUAUAUUUUUUGUUGUAGUUUACAAGUAUUUUUAAUUACUAGUUAGUUUUGAAGUUUUUUAGGUGUGAUGUUUUAUGUUGUUUUUAUUUUCAAUAUUUCUAAAUUUAUUUUAUUUAAAUAUUGUUUUUAAUUAAUACCAUAACAAAAAUUAUUUUAAAUCUUGCUAAUUAAAUUAUUAGAGUAAAUAAAUUUAUUUAUCUUUUUUUCGUAA